UGUAUGUUUCCACUGCCAAGGAAACCAGCUGAGCCUCUCUUGUGCAAACACUCCCAAAUACACACAUACACACUGACACACAUACACUUGCACACUCACCAAACAGGAAGACUAUACCUGUUUGGAGUGAGUUGGCUGGGAACUGUCAGAGUUAUCUGUGACAAGGAGAAGAGAUGAUUUGAAUGAUACCAGCAUCAGAAUCACUGGCACCGCAGUGAAGAACAAGUUUGGCAGAUACUCUGGAUUACAACAUUGGAAAAAGUAAUCACAUCAAAGCACGCCAGACCAGACUGCCAACAAACAAGGAUUCCUGAUUUUACAAAAGUUCAUGGCUGUCCACCUGCCACCUGUGUGAGUGUGGAUUACAAGUCCAAGGACCUGGGAUGAUGUUUUCUAAGUGACUCCUACAAGCCGGCAACUGUCAACAAUGUUCACUCCUAGGAAAAGCAGUCUUCCCUCCCCAAGCCUGGAGGACUCCUUUUUCCCUCUCUCCUCAUCCUCCUUUGCUCUCCCCUCCUCCACAUCCUCUCCUGGCAGCAGUGACAACGGAGGAGGGAUAGAGACGGAUCUGAUACUAGCUGCAGAGCUGGGACAAGCUUUACUAGAGAAGAAUGAGGAGCUGGCAACCUCUCUGGAGCAGAGGGAGAGGGAGUUGGAGGCUUUACAGCAGGAGAGGCAUAUUCUUCAGAGGAAGCUGGAGAUGAAUGAACUGACGUCUGGGCAGAGAGAGGCAGAGCUAACUGCAGAUUUAGCUGCCUUGAGGGCUGAGCUGGAGCGACAUCACAGCCACGGGCGCGACCGGCGAAGGGAUGAGAGUGAACAGCUGACUCAGUUAGCCAAUCAUAACCAGCGCUUGGUGGAGCAGCUAGCAGAGGCUGUAACACUGGAACACACCUUGAGGACUGAGCUUCGUUGCCUCAGAGAAGAGAUGGAAGAAUCAUCUUUCAGCCGAAAUAUCAACUUCACACAAUUAGAGAACGUACAAGCAGAGAACAGAGUUUUGCUGGAGCGGCUGUCGCACAUGGAGGCACAACUAAAAGCUUCACAGGAGCAGAGCGACAGACUUCGCGUGGAGAGAGAGCAACUGAGAGAUAGACUGUCAGAACUACAAACGACCCUCAGAGAAAAAGAGGCAGAGAUAGAGCAGGAGCAGGGAGUGGUGUUUGAGUUGAGAACUGUGAAUCGCUCUCUACAGCAGAAAGCUCUGAACCUGGGAGAAGAUGGCAUUCUGGACAGUACACACACACAACCAUUGUCUCUGCUUAGUGAAAUUCAGCAAUCACAGGCUAAAGAGGCUCUUCUGGCUCACUCCACAGUCCUGCAGGCAAGAGACAAAGAGAUACAAACGCUCACAGAGAAGUUGAAGUCUCAACAAGAAGAGCUGGAGUCUUUGAGGGAGGAAAUCAAGCCAUUUAGAAGCAGACCUGGAAUGCCAAGCUACAGUUCUUUAGAGGUUGAACUGGACACAGUGCGUCAGGAGAAAGAUACACUAACUCAGCAGCUUCUCAACACCAUCAAACACAAGGUGUUGCUGUCUCAAGAGCUAGAUGCCUGGCAGGAGGACAUGCGGUUGGUGAUAAAUCAACAAGUGCAGCAAAGGGAGGAGAGACAGAAAGAAAAGCACAAAGAGAAAGAGAACACUGUGGGACUCCAAAGAAGCAAGUCUUUGAGAGUGAAGGGAGAAGGAGGGAAAGGAUUCUUCUCUUCCUUUUUCAAAGAAAAAUGACAGAGAGAAGUGGCAGCAGUUUACACUGACAGAGUAUCAGCCUUUGUCUUCGUCACUGUGAGCUUAUGCUACCAAAUAAUGUGUUAUCAGCGUCAACAAGGAAAAUGUUUACAGACCUCAUAUUUGAAUAUAUUUGUAUUUAUGUAUGUACAGUAUAUCUGUAAAUUCAGUUUUUAGGACUUUGUAUUAAACAUGUAACGCCACAAAUGAG